AUGAGUCGUCGUGAUAAUAUUGCAAUUAAAUCAAAACGAGAUCCAACACAGCAACCUUCGUCGCCGGUAAUUUCAGCUCAUUUACAACCGCAAGAUUUAAGCCAAUUAAAAACUGUGGUCACAUCGAAAGAAUUUUUAUCCGGUGUUGUUAAUGCUGUAGUAUCGCAUGAUACAUUGAUAUCAAGUACUGUAGAAGUAGUGGUCAGCAGUGAAUCGUUUCAACAGCUCAUCAAAAAAAUUAUUGAUGAGAAAAUGUUAGUGUAUGAAAAUCGCAUAAAAAAAAUUCAAUCAACAAUGGAAGAUAUGCAAUCGCAUAUGGAAGACUUACAAUACAAGUGUAAUGACCUGGAACAGUAUGGCAGACGUUGUGCUGUCAGAAUUUAUGAUAUUAAAGAGGAGGAAAAAAAUGAAAAUACGAGCGCUAUUGUUAUUAAUUUUGCCCAAAAGAUUGGAGUUAAUUUUACUGAGACAUCAUCAGAAAGCUUGUGA